CGUGGUUGUGUGUCCCCAGCAGCCACCAGCCACCAGGGGGGGGUGGAUCCCAGUGGCUUUUUGGAGCCGGAGCCCUGCCAGGAGAGGAGGAAGGGCCGAGGAAGACGUGCCGGGUGAUGGAUGGUCCCAGCCUGGCACCGCAGCCCCGGGAGAGCGGCACCGGGCGGCUCGGGGACCUCGGGGACCUGGUUGGCAGCGCCCGCCUCUGCAGAGCCCCGCAGCGUCUGCUCCGCUGAGCUCCGGAGCCAGGAGGAGGAUUGGGAGAGGUUCCCGGUGAGCCCGGUGUCCCCGUGGUGGGGCACGGUGUGGGGCUGAGCCACUGUCCCCCCCCCCGGCAUGGCACGGCAGGGCUCAGGGGCCAUGCUGGCCUCUGGUGGCCUGGGCUUCCCCCCCCAGAACCUGGCCCGCGUGGUGGUCUGGGAGUGGCUGAACGAGCACGGGCGCUGGAGGCCCUACUCGGCCGCCGUUUGCCACCACAUCGAGAACGUGCUGAAGGAGGACGCCCGCGGCAGCGUGGUGCUGGGCCAGGUCGACGUCCAGCUGGCACCCUACAUCAUCGACCUCCAGUCCAUGCACCAGUUCCGGCAGGACACCGGGACCAUGCGCCCCGUACGGAGGAACUUCUAUGACCCGUCCUCGGCCCCGGGGAAGGGCAUCGUGUGGGAGUGGGAGAACGACAACAACUCCUGGACCCCUUACGACAUGGACAUCUGCAUCACCAUCCAGAACGCCUACGAGAAGCAGCACCCCUGGCUGGACCUCUCCUCCCUGGGCUUCUGCUACCUCAUCUACUUCAGCAGCAUGUCCCAAAUGAACCGGCAAACCCAACGCAAGCGCCGGCUCCGGCGUCGCAUGGACCUGGCCUACCCCCUCACCAUGGGCUCCAUCCCCAAGUCGCAGUCGUGGCCGGUGGGGACCAGCACGGGGACACCUUGCUCCUGCCCUCAGUGCCUGCUGGUCAACAGCACCCGCGCCGCCUCCAACGCCAUCCUGGCUUCCCAACGCCGCAAGCUCUACCCGGGUGCCGUCCGCCAGAGCAGCACCUUCGCCGGGGGGGCUCUCUGGCCGGCGGGGACGGGGACGGGGGCGAUGGCGGGUGGCACGGCCAAGGGUGAGGGGCUGCGGGUGGCCGGAGGGGCGUUUGCCCCCAGCCAGAGCGUGCCCAGCGGGAUACCGCUGCCUGGGCUCAACAACCUCAACCGACCCGGCACACAGCGGGGGUCCGGACUCGGUGCCCGGGCCACCGUCCCCCCCGGGGUGCCAGCCCUCCCGGUCAAGAACCUGAACGGCACCGGCCCCGUCCAUCCCGCCCUGGCAGGGAUGACGGGCAUCCUCAUGUGCGCCGCCGGGCUGCCCGUCUGCCUGACCCGCGCCCCCAAACCCAUCCUGCACCCGCCGCCCGUCAGCAAGAGCGACAUCAAACCCGUGCCCGGCAUCAACGGCAUCUGCAGGAAAACCAAAAAGAAGCAUCUCAAAAAGAGCAAGACCCCCGAGGACGUGGUGCGCCGCUACAUCCAGAAGGUGAAGAACCCCCCGGAUGAGGACUGCACCAUCUGCAUGGAGAGGUUGGUCACCUCCUCCGGCUACGAGGGGGUCCUCAGCCACAGGGGCAUCAAGCCGGAGCUGGUGGGCAAGCUGGGCAAGUGCGGGCACAUGUACCACCUCCUCUGCCUCCUGGCCAUGUACAACAACGGCAACAAGGACGGCAGCCUGCAGUGCCCCACCUGUAAGGCCAUCUACGGGGAGAAGACGGGCACGCAGCCCCCCGGGAAGAUGGAGUUCCACCUCAUCCCCCACUCCCUCCCGGGUUACACCGACUCCAAAACCAUCCGGAUCGUCUACGACAUUCCCACCGGCAUCCAGGUGCUGAAGCUGCUGAUCGUGGCCUGGGACCGGCGGCUCAUCUUCACCAUCGGCACCUCCAACACCACGGGGGAGUCGGACACGGUGGUGUGGAACGAGAUCCACCACAAGACCGAGUUCGGCUCCAACCUGACGGGCCACGGCUACCCCGACCCCAACUACCUGGACAACGUCCUGGCCGAGCUGCUGGCCCAGGGCGUCUCCGAGGCCACCCUGAAGGACUGAGGCAAGGGUGAGGGGCUCCCCCCAGCUCCCCCCUCGCCCCCGCGUCCCUGCCCGUGCCACCGCCGCCCGCGCCGCUUCGCUGCCGACGCUGCAGCCCUGCUG